AUGAACUUCAAAAACUUUAGAGAGUACCUGGCCUGGCUCUACUACCAGUAUCUACUCAUCACGGGCAUCUAUGUCCUGGAGCCGUGGGAAAAGUCCAUCUUUAACUCCAUCCUUUUCUCCGCCAUCGCCAUGGUGAUCUACACCUCAUAUGUCUUUGUGCCCAUCCAUGUGCGCCUGGCACUGGAGUUUUUCUCUGGGAUCUGUGGUGGCCAGCCUGAGAGCACCAUGACUCUCAUAAACUAA